AUGCAUUGCAUUCUUCUGAGCAGCAGUGCCAGUAACCGUCCAUCCCGCCCCCAUCCUAGAACCGCAUCAUUCUCAGUUGCAGCUGUACCAAGCAAGGAAGCACACAAACGACGUACUCGAGAAUAUCGAAAUGCACGCACGGCCAUAGAUACAGAGGCAUCUAAGCGCGCAACUGCCCCAAAGCAGCUGGCGCGAAGUGGAGAGCGGGAAAGCCAGAAUAGAAUCGCAAUACUGUACAAGAAACAUGCCAUGCAUAUGCGUCCACCGUGCCCUGUUUAUCACCAACAAGCCUCCCGUCUCCGUAUCUACAGUGGUGGAGGCGAACAUAGUCAUGACGCACAGCGAGCUUGA